GCGGUUGCCGCGGUAACAGCGGAGCGAUUUCCGACAGGGGCGGCGGCCGGCGCGGAGGCGUGAGGCGCAUCGGUGCGCGGGGGCAGCGCGCAGACAUGGUGCCCAGCAAGUGCCGGCCCGGCAGGGGUCCUCGGGCCGCCACCGGCCCGGUUAAUAACUGUGGUCUUCAGCUGGUUAUCCAGACUUCAUCGAUAACAGAUAAAAGCAAACCAUUUGAAUUCCGGAUAAAUAAAGAACAGUCAUCUUUCCACAAUAGACUUCUGCAGCAUGAUCUGGAAAAAAACUAUUCGGGAAGGCAAGGAGACCAAAGAGUAUUAAGUCCUUUGGUGCGUAAUAAGCAGGUGUAUCUUCCAGUGCCGUCCAGCCUGACAGAGCUUUCUGGUUUGGAGUUGAAGCAGAAUACAGGUUCUUUAUCAGGAUUUGAUAACACCAAUUUUGGGAGCAGCUCAUCAAUAACGUUUCCUGUAUUGCAACGUACUGCUGAAGAAAAAAUACUGAAUUCUGAUAGACUUACCCUGGAAAGGCAAAAACUGACAGUGUGCCCAAUUAUUGAUGGGGAAGAUCAUCUUCGCCUUUUGAAUUUCCAACAUAACUUUAUAACCCGGAUCCAAAAUAUUUCUAAUCUGCAGCAUCUUGUUUUCUUAGAUUUAUAUGAUAAUCAGAUAGAGGAAAUAAGUGGGCUUUCAACUCUUAGAUCCCUAAGAGUCCUUUUGCUGGGAAAGAACAGAAUAAAGAAGAUCUCAAAUCUGGAGAACUUAAAAAAUCUUGAUGUUUUAGAUCUUCACGGAAAUCAGAUUACUAAAAUAGAAAACAUCAGUCAUUUGAGUGAACUGAGAGUGUUAAACCUUGCCAGAAACCUGCUAACCAUUGUAGAAAACCUUAAUGGACUGGAUUCUCUCACAGAGCUCAACCUUCGUCAUAAUCAAGUCUCUGCCAUAAAAGAUGUGGAUACUUUGCCCCGUCUCCAACGUCUCUUCCUCAGCUUCAACAAUAUAUCUAGUUUUGAGGAUAUUCUGUGCCUUGCUGAUUCCUCAUCUUUGUCAGAUAUCACCCUUGAUGGCAAUCCAAUAGCUCAGGAGACAUGGUACAAACACACUGUUCUCCAUCAUAUGAUGCAGCUCCGACAGCUAGAUAUGAAGAGAAUCACAGAAGAAGAAAGACGUAUGGCAUCUGUUGCAGCAAGGAAAGAGGAAGAAAGGAAGCGUGAAAGCCAUAAACAGACCUUGCUUAAGGAAAAGAAACGGUUAACAAUCUGUAAUAUUGCCCGUCAGUGGGAGAUACAGCAGAAUCGAAUAGCUCUCGUGGCUUCUUUAAACCAAGAUAAAGAUAAUGAGCCCUGUCAGAUCAAUGGCAGUCCUGCAUAUGUAUUUCCUGAAGAAAGCAGGUCUCUUGAUACAAUAUUGAGCAGUGCAGUACAAGGCUUGUCCGUUCUGGAGUCCCAUUUAGUGGAAGUGGAAGGAGACACUCUUUGCUUGUAUGGUGCGGGAGCACUGGAGUGCCUGGAUCGAAACUGGAGUGUUCAAACAGCUGGAAUUAUUGUCACGGUUUCCUUUAUGUUCAUAGAAUUUGAUGAAAUUGUCCAAGUGUUAACGAAACUGAAGACAAAAUUUCCUAAUUCUGUGCACCUGAAGUUUAAGGAGACGAAUCUUGUGACGCUGCAGCAAUUCAAUGCAUUAGCCCAGAUGCAUCGCAUUGAACAGUUGACAGUUGAUCCUCAGGGAAAUCCGGUUGUCAACUUUACUUUGUGGAAAUACUAUGUUCUGUUUAGACUGAACCAUUUCAAUCUACAGAGGAUAAAUGGAGUAAAGGUUACUGAAAAUGAUAUUGUAAUGGCGGAAAGGCUCUUUGGCAUUCUGGCGUAUGUAGCAUCUUCUGAGCUGCCACAGUAUCGCAUGCUUUCAUUGCUUGGAGAAUCUAGGAGGAAGCAAUUCCAUUAUCUGCUGGAGGGAAAGGGAAAGAAAUCUGGGAUUGGGAGUGAGGAAAGUGGUGAUAACAGGAGAAAUGGAGGGGAAAGCACAACUCGAGCAAUGUUGAAUUACACAACAAAGGAUUUUCAUAUGGAAAAGCUUGAGGAAAUCAAGGAAAGAAAAACAUUUUGCCAGACAUACGUCGAGAACUUAGUGAAAGAAGCAGCGGAGAUCAAUAUGAAAAAUGAGUCGUUGCAGAAGCUCUGGCCUCAAAUGUUCAUUGAGCUUGUCAGAGAUGCAGUGCUAGAAAUACGCAAUAAAAACUCCUACAUGAAGCUCUGCUUACAGCGGAUCACUGAUCAAAAACAGUAGAGUCAAGGCUUCUUGUCUUGGAAGCUUUUGGGUUCAUUAUUCUACGGUGUUUUACAAACUUAAAACAAUAGAAUAUAAAAUUACCAUCACUAUGGCGUAUUUCACCACCAUCCCCCUCCCCCCAAGGGUUGCCUUUAAAUCUUAAUUAACUCUUGAUAGUUUUGAAAUAAAAGUUUACUUGCAUACUGCUUUAGCAGUGCUUCUUUGGCUAAAGUGAUGGGAUAACGUAGAAGUAACUUGGUGAUUGUCAUGUUUUACUAAGUUCUUGUUUGUUUAUUUUUUUUUUUGCUGCCCUUGCUUCUGUAGUGCUACAGCUUUGAUUUUUACACUGAAUUUACACUCUGCUUGCCUUAUUUUUUAUCGAACACUUUUCAAUUGUCACCUUUUUGACUGUUUGCUGCUGUUUAAAAAAAAAAUCAAGAAUAGUAGUUGAUUUUUUUAUGAGCAAAAGCUAAUAAAUUAUUUUUACACCCUGAACUUGAUGAAGACUUCUUAUUUUUGUUUAGUUUGUGAUAUUAUCGAACACUUUUUCACAUCAGCGCCACAACAGUGCUGAGUAUAUCGUCAUUAAUUCUCAACUGAACAAAUUGCCCAGGCUUGAUUUCAAGUUUUUCAUUCAUCUGUAUUAGUUUGUGUGAAUUAUUAUAGGUAAAAUAUGAAUUUGAGAGAUACUCACUUAAGCUUUAUUUUUGUUCUGUUAAAAUAUGUUAAUAAUAUAAUUUCUUUUGGUUUUGAUUACUAAAUGAUUAAUUUCUGAGGUUUGCCAAGGUCAAAUGAGCUAAGAUGCAUGUGUUACAUUUGGUAAGGAAACUGAUGACUACUAUUCAGUUGUAAUUCAUUUCCGUGCUGUGUGAAAAUUUCAUAUUUGUUAUCAAUAAAAAUAAAUUAUUCCCUUU